AUGGAUCUUAUAGACAGUUCGUUGGACAAGAACUUGGUCAAAUGGGUCAAGACUACCCAAGCGACCCUGGCUGAGGCCCAGACGAAGAAGGGUCAGUUUGUUACCGACCACCCUACCAAGGAUGCCGUCGAGAAACUCUUCAUGGCCCGAGUACUCGGCAAGGCCAUUCUCACACCUGGCUUAAACCCGGCUGGCACGUUCGUCCGAAUGGCCUGCGGAAGUGACUAUUCUUUCCCCGGCUCCAAGCUGAUUGAAGACCAUUCGGCUAUCCCCAUCACUACUGUUGAAGGGCCUUAUCCACCCUGCGCCAUCCCGGAGAAGGACCUUAAGCCAAUCAGCAUCUCCCAGAUGCGUCUCGAAACUCACCAUUGGGGAUCAAAGGUUCUCCUCCACCAGCUGUCGCUUGUCGACCGUGGUGAGGCUAUCAUGUUCAUCGUCGAGGAUCAGGCGGGUACAGCUGUCUUGCUCAAGCUGUAUCACCAGCCUUUGGAGAAGGAGAUCUCCUGCAACUGGACAAUGUUGGACUAUCGUGUGUGCAUCGUCAAGAACCCUUUUUUUCAGCGCGUUCAUGACACCAUCACCCCGAAUUUCUGUCAGAUCCCCCAGUCUUACUACACGCUGAGAGUCGACCACCCGGGCGACAUCAUUCCCCUGCGCCGUGGCGAUGAACGAAUCCCAGAGGCAUGGAAAGUUAACCCAGACCGAGACGACAAGACCAGUCAUGGCUACCGCGAUCUCGGCAACAAGGCCUUUGGCAAGAAGGACUGGGCAGCAGCUCAUCACUCGUACUCCCAAGCCCUCGAUGUCGCCGAGACUUCCCAAGACAAGCAGCUGGCUCACCUCAACCGCUCCCUCACCAACCUCAAGCUUGGCCGACCCGCCGAAGCACUGCUAGAUGUCACCCAGGCUUAUGACCCUGAGGCUCCUACCGAGAAGGCUUUGUUCCGUCAUGCCAUCGCCCUCUAUAGACUGAACCGUUUCGAGGAUUGCGAAGCCAUGCUCAUCGACCUCCUGGACAAGUUUCCUGACAACAAGGCGGCCGAGACAACUCUUCUUUCUGUCAAGACACGACUGACAGAGCAGCGCACGGGUAAAUACAAUUUCAACAAGAUGUAUAAGACAGCCAAGGCAGCCAAGGGAGCUCCCUUGAUUGAUUGCGCCACCUACUCGAAGCCUGUCGAGAUUCGGGAGUCGCCUGGGCGCGGUCGCGGUCUGUACACCACCAAGGCUGUCAAAGCGGGUGACUUACUCCUCGUUGAGAAGGCUUUUGAGUACUCAUUCAUUGACGAGACCCGAGUGACGGACCAAUGCACUCUCUUGGCCAACUUCAACACCAAGCGCAUGACGGCUGGUGCAUCCGCGAAUCUCUGGCCCAAGGUUGUUCAGAAGCUGUACCAUGAUCCGGAAGCUCUCUCUGCAUUUACCGAGCUACACCAUGGAAAAUACAAACCGGUAACAGCUACCGAGGGGGACGGACGUCCUGUUGUUGAUGCCUUCCUUGUCGAGAAGAUCCUUUCUCUCAAUUCAUUCGGUGCCCCACGAUCCACUCGCGACUUCUGUGGCAACAACGUCUGGAGCGGCAACCCAGCUCCCGAAGUCUGCGCCUCCACUCGUGAGAGGCCUCUCUUCACCUCCGUCGGUGUCUGGCUUCUCGCCGCCCGCAUCAACCAUUCUUGUGUCGGCAACUGCCGUCGCUCAUUCAUCGGCGACAUGGCUAUCAUCCGUGCGGCACGCGAUAUACCGGUUGGCACCGAGUUAACGAUUCCGUACCGCCCAUCUACCGACUCGGAAUCAUACCAGGAUGUUCAGAAGGGCUUGGCCAAAUGGGGAUUCAUAUGUGAUUGCGAACUUUGCAAGGACCGACUCAAGACCACCGAGGCUGUUCGCGUUCGGCGUAAAGAGCUCAGCAAAGAAUUGGACAAGCAGGUGCCUUCCGACCAAGAAUUCGACCUCGAAAAGGCCACUAAGCUUCUGCGUGUUAUUGAGAAGACCUACUCUGGCAAACCCGCCAAGCAGAUCCGCUGGUGCAUCGCACACCUUUAUGCCUACGUUGGAAUUCGUUUACGUCAGGAUGGAAAUUUUGUCCGGGCUGCUGAAAUGCUCAUCAAGGGCCUCGAAACCAUGGGCUUUGUCAUUCUAGCAACUCCGCCUGAUGACGGUAGUGCCCAGGCUCGUUUUGAAGUCAAGCAGUGGGGAAUGAUGGAGCAUCACAUCCCGUGGCUCUUCUUCCAAUUGAUUGAAUGCUACGCCGAGAUCAACCCGCACUUGGUGCCUGUCGCUGAGCAUUAUGCUCAGAUAGCGUACUCGAUCAUUGUUGGUGAGGGGGAGUCGAUGUGGGAUGUCAUGCCUGCUACUGGCAACAAGGCGGAGCGAACCUGA